ACCUCAUAAGGAAUACGAAAUACGGAUAAAUCGUACUGUAAACGGAACUAGACCAGAUGUGUCAUGCGUAGUCAACGGUACUCCAAUUUUGAAUUCAGAGAUCAAACCGCUUGGAUAUACUUCCCUCCAAAGAACAAAAGAUUUCAUAAAAGUUCAUCUAAGAGCAAAGGGGUCAGUGAACGAACAAUUGAAUACAAAAGGCGGUCCGGGUGAAGCAGCUAUUCUGCUAAAUACAG